AUGAUCUGCUCUGGUCACCAUGAUUUGCUGUGGUUCAUCGUGGUCUUCUGUGAGCCCCUGGUUCAUACACCAAGUCAUGGCGUCUCCCCUCAGUCAGGCCCACACCUUUUCUUCCUGUUUCUGCCUUCACUACCUCAGGGAAAGAUCGCUGAGUCGGCUUUCAUCAUGGGCGAGAUAGAGCAGAAGCCAACCCCGGGCUCGCGCCUGGGCGCCCCCGAAAACGCGGGGGUCAGCACCCUGGAGGCCGGGCAGAAGCCGCCCCCUGCUCCUUCUGGGAAGCUCAUGUCCGUCAAGGUCCAGAUGCUGGAUGACACCCAGGAGGCCUUCGAGGUGCCGAAUGUCGUUUACUUCUCCUUUUCCUGUUAUCAUUCCCCCUUCCGCGUGGCCUUUGCAAAGGGCCCCCGGGAGGUGUUACUGGAUGCCGUGUGCAGCCACCUCAAUCUCGUGGAAGGCGACUAUUUUGGCCUCGAGUUCCCUGACCACAAAAAGAGCACCAGUAAGUUCUGGGAGAACAGUGUGUGGCUGGAUCUCCUGAAGCCUGUCAUCAAGCAGAUCAGAAGACCUAAGAACGUGAUUGUUAAGUUUGUGGUGAAAUUCUUCCCCCCAGACCACACGCAACUCCAAGAGGAACUUACCAGGUACUUGUUCGCUCUGCAGGUGAAGCAGGACCUGGCACAGGGCAGGUUGACAUGCAGCGACACCAGCGCGGCUCUCCUUGUCUCUCACCUUGUGCAGUCUGAGAUUGGAGAUUUUGAUGAAGCAUCGGACAGAGAACACUUAGCAAAAAAUAAAUACAUACCUCAGCAAGAUGCACUGGAAGAUAAAAUCGUGGAGUUCCAUCACAACCACAUUGGACAGACCCCCGCAGAGUCAGAUUUCCAGGUGUUGGAUAUUGCCCGCCGGCUGGAGAUGUACGGAAUCCGCCUGCACCCUGCCAAGGACAGGGAAGGGACCAAGAUUAACCUGGCCGUGGCCAAUACUGGCAUUCUAGUGUUUCAGGGCUUCACCAAGAUCAAUGCUUUCAACUGGGCCAAGGUGCGGAAGCUGAGCUUUAAGAGAAAGCGCUUCCUCAUCAAACUCCGUCCAGAUGCAAAUAGCUCCUACCAGGACACCUUGGAAUUCCUCAUGGCCAGCCGCGACUUGUGCAAAUCCUUCUGGAAGAUCUGUGUGGAGCAUCACGCCUUCUUCCGGCUAUUCGAAGAACCCAGGCCCAAGCCAAAGCCUGUUCUGUUCAGCCGAGGGUCUUCAUUCCGGUUCAGUGGCCGGACUCAGAAGCAGGUUCUGGACUUCGUCAAAGAAGGAGGCCAUAAGAAGGUGCCGUUUGAGAGGAAACACAGUAAAAUCCAGUCCAUCCGCAGCCUGACUCCACUGCCCAUGGAAGACAACUCCGAGGUGCCGAAACAAAUCCAGGCCCCACCGCCACGGAGUGCCAGCCCGACCCCCAGAGUCGAUGGCGAAUCCCCCCAGAAGCCCAGCGGCCCACCCGGGAAGGAACUGAAAAGGCCCCCGGCCGAGCGUGGGUCUCCCUGCAGCCCUGCCACCGCUGUCAACCUGGACAGGAGCUCCGGGGGGCAGCAGAAGGCCCAGGGGGGCAGCCGGGUGGAGGAGGACCAGGAUGCCACCGCCGUCGUCGUGCAGGAAAGGACCCCGCAGAGCCCCGCAUUGCAGCCGACCUCAGGCCCCCUGACCGGUAGCCCUCACCUUUCAGAGCUCUCCAUCAACUCGCAGGGGGGAGCCGCGCCCGCCAACGCCAUCCUGUCCCCGAACCUGAGCCCCGACGCCAAGCAGGCCUCCCCCUUGGUCAGCCCGCUGCCCAACGACCAAGCGUGCCCUCGGACGGACGAUGAGGAGGAUGGCCGCAGGAAGAGAUUCCCCACUGACAAGGCGUACUUCAUGGCAAAGGAGGUGUCCACUACCGAGAGAACAUACCUGAAGGAUCUCGAAGUCAUUACAUCGUGGUUCCAGAGCACAGUGGCCAAAGAGGAUUCAGUGCCCGAGACGCUGAAAUCUCUCAUCUUCCCCAACUUUGAACCUUUGCAUAAAUUCCACACCAACUUCCUCAAGGAAAUUGAGCAACGACUAGCCUUGUGGGAAGGCCGCUCCAAUGCACACAUCAGAGGCGAUUACCAAAGAAUCGGCGACGUCCUGCUCAAGAACAUCCAGGGAAUGAAGCCACUUGCAGCUCACCUCUGGCAGCACAGCGAGGCACUGGAGGCGCUGGAGACAAGCAUCAGGAGCUCCCGGCGGCUGGAGAACCUCUGCAGGGACUUCGAGCUGCAGAAGGUCUGCUACCUGCCCCUCAACACCUUCCUGCUGCGCCCGCUGCACCGCCUCAUGCACUACAAGCAGGUGCUGGAGCGGCUCUGCAAGCAUCACCCGCCCAGCCACCCCGACUUCAGGGACUGCCGAGCGGCCUUGGCAGAGAUCACGGAGAUGGUGGCCCAGCUGCAUGGGACAAUGAUCAAGAUGGAGAAUUUCCAGAAACUUCAUGAGCUCAAGAAGGAUUUGAUUGGUAUCGACAAUCUCGUAGUCCCGGGAAGGGAAUUCAUUCGACUGGGAAGCCUCAGCAAGCUGUCCGGGAAGGGGCUCCAGCAGCGCAUGUUCUUCCUGUUCAAUGACGUCUUGCUGUACACAAGCAGAGGGCUGACGGCCUGCAAUCAGUUCAAAGUGCACGGACAGCUCCCACUCUACGGCAUGACUCUGGAGGAGAGCGAAGAGGAAUGGGGUGUGCCCCAUUGCUUGACCCUGCGGGGCCAGCGCCAAUCCAUCAUCGUGGCCGCCAGCUCUCGGUCUGAGAUGGAAAAAUGGGUUGAGGACAUACAAAUGGCCAUCGAUCUAGCCGAGAAGAGCAGCAGCACCACACCUGAGUUCUUGGCCAGCAGCCCCCCUGACAACAAGUCUCCUGAUGAGACCGGAGUGGCUGAUCAGGAGUCAGAAGACGACCUGAGUGCCUCACGAACCUCGCUGGAGCGCCAGGCCCCCCACCGUGGCAACACCAUGGUGCACGUCUGUUGGCACCGAAACACCAGUGUGUCCAUGGUGGACUUCAGCGUGGCAGUGGAGAACCAGCUUUCUGGGAAUCUGCUGCGGAAAUUCAAGAACAGCAACGGCUGGCAGAAGCUGUGGGUGGUCUUCACCAACUUCUGCCUCUUCUUCUACAAAUCACACCAGGACAGCCACCCCCUGGCCAGCCUGCCCCUGCUCGGCUACUCCCUCACGGUGCCCUCGGAGGCCGAGGAGAUCCACAAGGACCACGUGUUCAAGCUGCACUUCAAGUCACACGUGUACUACUUCCGGGCCGAGAGCGAGUACACAUUCGAGAGGUGGAUGGAGGUGAUCCGAAGUGCCACUUGCUCUGCCUCCCGUGCCCUGGCCCACAGGGAGUCCCACGGGUACUGAGGGGGCCCGAGCCAUGCCCCCACCCCCCAGGACCUUCCUACCUGGCUGCCCACGAGGCCCUGGCGCGCCGAGGCUGGACCCCGCGGAACUGUUUUCUAACUCAUCUUUCCAGCUGUUCAGUUCUCAACAGCGGCCUCCUCUAUGUUGGGUCUCCUCUGUCGGGUCUGGGGGCCCCUGGGUGGGUGGGGGAGUGUGGGAUGUCACGCGUGCCAGUAUUAACCCUGUCAUUCCCAGAGUGCCAAAUACCCGCAGGGCCGGGCACACCCUUCCACCCACACAGGGCAAACUCUCUUUUUUUUCUUAAAAGGAACAUUUUGGGGGUGGGGGUAGGCUGCUGCAUUUAAAAACAAAAACUAAAAGACAAAAAAAAAAUAACAGGAUUUUUCUUCCCUGAAUGUUGGCAAUAUAAUCCCUGUCACAGUCUUAAGCAAGCAAACGAGAUCAUUUUUCAGAUUUCCCUUUUUUUCCCCCAGUCUUUCUACUUUUUAUAACACUAGCUUAGGAUGUUUCCUUCCCGGGUCAGUGGUCCGCAGCGCCCCCCUGACCCCCCCUCAACCAACAAGGUUCCCGGCCCAUUGGUAUGAGUGACCAGACCGACCACAUCUAUCUCCGUCUUUUGGGCCACGGAGGGUUUGCAGGGACCUCGAGCCCGUGGGUGGGAGGGCUGUGCCGUGUUGCUGUGUCUGUCACAAGCAUGCAAUAGCUGUCUGGCCACCCGUUCGGCGGGGCCACUCGUGGUGACGUCUUGUGGUGGAGUGUCGUGGUCUAGACGGUGCUUGGAUGGAGGGUACCAACCCCCCACACACACCCCAGGACCUUGCCCCUCCAGUGGUAGUGAUAAGUCUAGUAAGACGGGGUGGAGCCUGGCUUGGACCACAGCCGUCUUUCCUCUUCUUAUACUUCCCCCUACCCUGCCUCGCCCCAAGCAUGGGGCACCCAGGUGUAUCCCUACCCAUCCACACCCCAUCCUAUCCCUCCCCAUCCCGGACAAGUCGUCGGGUCACACAGGGAACAUGGUUCCAGAAAGUUCUGGGCCGUCCGUUCAGGUUCGCCAAGUGGCCGCUAUUCCCUUAGGAUAGGGAGGGCCUUGCUGAAAGAAGGAGCAAGCCGGGCCACCCCUGCCUUGUGGUGGAUGGAUGUGUCCCCCCAGAGCCCCCCCCCAACAAGUCCGGGGCAGGUUCCCGCCCACCCCCCCUCCCUGCGAGCCUGCGCUGUGUUGUUCAACCUUUGCCUUACGAUAAUAUACCAGAUGGUUGCGAGUACUAACGAAGAAAGGGAAUAAAAAAAAAAAAUACCUCACGCCACAAUCCAGCAUAUUGAAGUUUGAAGGCAAAAAUCA